UCAGAUCUUUUUUUCUUUCUCGAAAAGGAAAUAUCGAAAUAAAAAAUAAAAAUCCGAAGGUAAGGAAAAUAAAAACUUUCACUGAUUGGUUUCUUGUUUCAGAUUCGUUGAUUGGAUCAGAAUCAUGAAUUUUCCCGCCCAAUAUAAGCUUAUGAUUGGAUCCAAAGCUUGAAUUUUUAAGAGAUGGGUUCUCAAUUUAACUUCGUUGACGACGCAAAGCAACCAGCUUUAGGAGCUGGUGUUCCUCUGACGAGACAGAACUCUGUUUUCUCGUUAACCUUUGAUGAGUUUCAGAACUCAUGGGGUGGUGGGGUUGGGAAGGACUUUGGGUCCAUGAACAUGGACGAGCUUUUGAAGAACAUUUGGACAGCUGAGGAAAGCCACUCUAUAAUGGCCAACAACACCAGUUUCAACAACACUUUUAAUGGAGGUUUGUCUGUUGGUGUGGGAGGAGAGAUUGGUGUUGGUGGGGGUUUGCAGAGACAAGGGUCAAUUACUUUACCUCGUACCAUUAGUCAGAAAAGAGUUGAUGAUGUCUGGAAAGAGCUGAUGAAGGACGAUGACGCUGGAAGUGGUGGUGGAGGAGCGAGUGGAGUUCCGCAGAGGCAACAGACGUUGGGGGAGAUGACUCUGGAGGAGUUCUUGGUGAGAGCUGGUGUGGUUAGGGAAGAGCCUCAACAGGUGGAGAGGGUGGAUAGCUUCAACGGUGGGUUCUUUGGAUUUGGAAGUGAUGCAGGUCUUGGUUCAGCUCGUAAUGGGUUUGGUCCUAACCUGGUGAGACCGGAUCUGCUGACAACUCAAACUCAGCCGUUGCAGAUGCAGCCGCAGCAGCCACAGAAGGUGCAUCAGCCGCAGCAACUGAUCCAGAAGCAGCAGGAUGUAGCUUUUCCUAAACAGUCUACUAUAGCGUUUUCCAACACUGUUGAUUUGGUCAACCGUUCUCAACCUCCAACACAGGAAGUGAAGCCUUCAGUUCUUGGAGUUAGGGACAGGCCUAUGAACAAUAACAACCUUCUUCAGGCUGUUGAUUUUAAAACAGGAGUUACGGUUGCAGCAGUAUCUCCUGGAAGCCAGAUGUCUCCUGAGCUGACUCCAAAGAGCAACAUGGAUGCAUCUUUGUCACCAGUUCCUUACAUGUUUGGUCGAGUGAGAAAAACAGGCGCAGUCCUGGAGAAAGUGAUUGAGAGGAGGCAGAAAAGGAUGAUUAAGAAUAGGGAAUCAGCUGCAAGAUCCCGCGCCCGCAAGCAAGCUUAUACGUUGGAGUUGGAGGCAGAAGUUGCACAGCUGAAAGAGCAGAAUGAAGAGUUGCAGAGGAAACAAGUUGAGAUCAUAGAAAAGCAGAAAAAACAGCUUCUGGAGCCGAUGCGUCAGCCAUGGGGAUGCAAAAGGCAAUGCUUGAGAAGGACACUGACAGGUCCUUGGUAGAGAGCUUGCUUAUGAAGGCCUCCAAGGAGCUCAACAAAGAGCAGAAGCUAUAGAAACAACACAGAAAGUAGAAGCUAGCUUUGUAUGUAACUUAGGCAGGUGUUUUCUGUGGGGGUGAUUGUAGGUAAAUGAAGUGUGGUCGAUUUGACUAGAUCAACACUUUUUUUCUUCUUCUGUUUUCUUGAAGCAUCUUUUGGUUUUAUGUUCCUGAUGUAAUUGAUCUUGAUGUUGCUUUAUAGGACGUGUCAAUGUCUUGAACAUCUUUGUGACUUAAUCAUAGUGGAUUUGUCUUGUAGCAUA